UUUUUUUUUGUUUGCUCAAAAACUUUAUCAUCAACAGACGAGUCCAAUAAUGUCGAGCAUGAUCCCAAGACGACUGGGUCAGAGCCUCAUUACAACGACAACAACUGCAAAUGGUCUGAUCCGCCGUUCGUUCUCGACUUCACCUGCAAUUCUCUCUCAUAUUGGCAAACAGGUUUUACCUUUUGGCACGGAUGUGGUCUUGACUCAUGACCCUACUCCGAUUCUCAACCCUCGUGUUCCUGCAGAUCUUCAUUCGACCACACUUCAUAUCAAGGGACCAUUGGGAGAACAUGUCCUACCCAUUAAACCCUAUGUAAACUUGAAGUUUGAACAGGAACAAGGAGAUUCCCUAUUGAGUAUCACUGUACAGGAUCCGGAAAUCAAAGAACAAAGGGCCAUGUGGGGGACGACACGAGCAUUGAUUGCGAACGCUAUCACAGGAGUUUCAGAAGGUUAUACAGUCCCGAUUCGUUUGGUAGGCGUUGGUUAUCGUGCAACAGUGGAAGACAAUAAAGAAGCAGCCGGAGGAAGCAAGGAAAAGUUAUCCAUGAAGUUGGGAUACUCGCAUUCUGUGGAGGUGGAUAUCCCAGAGGGGAUUCAAUGUUCGACUCCUUUACCGAACAAGAUUGUGUUGCAAGGAAAUGAUAUUCAAAAAGUCAAGGAGUUUGCAUUCAAAAUCAGGAAAUGGAGACCACCAGAGCCCUAUAACCAAAAGGGUAUCUUUGUAGGCGACGAGACUAUUGCAAAGAAGACGUCCAAGAAGAAGUAGAAAAAA